CGCUCACAACCCAAACAAUGAAUACCAACAUGGUGGCAAUGUGCUACACAGUUUGAAAAUGCAGGUCGUGUCAUGCUUUGAAAAAAAUCAUUUUAUACACGAAUUUGGUGGAAAAUGUCGGACCCUAAACGUGCUACUCUUAUAACAGUGGGUGCUCCUAAAAGUGCAAAGAAUAAUGUGAACAAAACAGUGAGAUUAACUAUAAAUUUGGAUGAAAGCAACGAAAGUAAAUAUCCGGAGCUGAAUUACAAGGAACUAGUCAUUGCAGAAGAGAGAAAGAAGAAAGUGGAUAGAGAAAAUGGCAAGACCACAGCUGGGCUGGAUCCGUUCUCAGAGAACAAUGAUGAUGUGGUCCGCGUCGCUAGGCAGUUUGAGCAGAAAUAUGGCGGUAAAAGUACAUAUGGCCGUAAGGGCAGGUCGAAGCAUGAUGAUUUCGCGGACAUCGGAGCUGGCUACGAUGAAAAUGAUUCCUUUAUCGACAAUACGCAUGGGUACGAUGAGAUGAUCCCGCCGGAGUGCGACACUCUACACGGCGGGUUCUACAUCAACUGCGGCUCGCUGGAGUUCAAGAGUGUGGCUGACCAAGCUGCGAUAUCUGAUGCUGAACCCGGAAGUAGUCGAAGGAAUAAGAGGCGUAUAUCAUCAAGCAGCAGUGAGGACGAUUCGUCAGACAGAAGUUCUUCAGAGUCCAGUCAAGAUGAGAAGGAUCCCAAGGCGAUAGCUAACGGCGAUGUAGACUCGCAUAAGACUGAACAUCGGAAGAAGAAAAACAAAAAGAUUGAUAAGAAGACGGCCAAGAAAGUGCGGCGCACUGACUCAUCGGCCGCUACGUCUGGCAAGCAGACUUCUGAUGAUAAUGGUCACGGCGACGCUGAGAGCGCAGACUCCCACACGUCGCAGUCAGACUCUCUCACGUCCAAACCUACUCCCAGCUCCGAGAAUGCUGCCACUUCAGAUAGCUCAAGAGACACAGAGACCAAACUGGAGGUAAAGUUCCCCGCGGGGGUGGUGUCCGCGCUGGACGCGUUGGACGCCUUCGUGGCGCGACACCUCGCGCUCAACCCACACACGCCGCGGAAACAACUCCUCGCGCACACAGACGAGUAUAUCGUUAGACUAGAGCAAGUCCUCCGCAGCUCGGGCUGCGAGGCGCGCGUGGUCCGCGCCGGCUGGGCGCGCGCCGCGCGGACCCUCGCCACCACGCGCGCCAAGCUACUGCAGCGGGUCAAGGCUAGGGCUGAACAGGCCACUACAAACUCAACAAUUGCUCAAACAACAGCAUCAACGAACACUGCCAACUCGACCGCCUUGCCUCCAUCCACAGUAACGAACCACAAUAGCAAGAGGAAAGCUGAUGAUGAUCUCGUUGAUUUCGAUCCAGACAACCUGACUGAUGAGGAACGAGAGGCUUUACUUGUUGAGACUUUGUACAGAUUGAAAGUGCUUAUUGAUGAGAAGAAGCCAGCGAUGAUAGCUAAUUACAAUGCAGAAUGUGAAAGAGUACAAGAAGAAAGGAAAAAGAUCCAGAUAGCGUCAGCGGCGGAGGGCGUGCCGGUGGUGGAGAAGCGUCUCCCAAAGCGUCGCUUCCCGUGGUGCGGCCGCAGCCGCGCGCUCGUAUCGCGCGCCGCCCGCCUCGCCGCCAGCCACGCGCCGCGCACUCUGCUGGCGCGCGUGCUGCCGCUCUUCCCGCAGGGCUUCGUCAGGAUGCCCACCCUGCUGCGACAGGCCGAUAUCAGUAAACAACUAAAAGCAACAGACUCCAAGCGGCCGCGGCUAGGCUCCACCUCCCAGCCGGCCGCCCCCAGCCAACGUACAGAGCCCCCAGCGCCGCGGCCGGAGCCGGCCCCCGCGGCGGCGCCAGCCCCCGCAUCCUUCACGGAGCCCAUCCACUUCCCCAGCUCGCUCACCGUCACCACUACCAACACCAAACAGUCUCCAGACAAAACUGAAGUUCCCGUCACUUCGGAAGACAAAGCCCCCUACAAGACAAAUUCUUUGGUCUUUGGCUCGAUAAUGAACUCUAUCUCUCUCAGCAAAGACCUCAUUGUAGAUAAAAAAGACAAUGAAAAGAAAGAAGAACUAUACAUUCCCCCCAACAAUAUAGGCAGCAUAACAAUAACACCUGUACCUAGUAAUCCCCCUAAACCUGAGAAGAAGCUCAUGAAUAACAAUGUGCAAGCAUCAACAGCGGAUAAGUCUGGUUUAAUUAGGGUUAAAUCACCAGCAGCAUUGAAUGAAAUGGUGAAAAAAGAUAAAGUUAAGAAGCCAGAAAAGAGUCAAGUUAAAGAGAAAAGAGUAGAUUCGCCGUUACAUGUAGAUACGAGUUACCAGCCGAGUAAAAAGGACCCAAGUCCGAAACAUAAAGAAGAAAUACCACAGAAGCAGAUAGAGAGUAUGCGAGUGAGUGAGAACAACAUCCCGAGGCCGGCGCUAGUGCCGGUGCAUCACUCGCCGACGUUCGCGAAGCCAGACAAGCGGCCGCCCGACGUGAAGCGGAAGAAAGACGUCGUCAUUAUCUCGGACGUGGACCCGCUGAGUGAACAGGAACCCCUCGCCGUGGACGACAGUAGCAGCGACGUGGAGCUAGUGGAGGACAAUAGGACUGACAAAAGUGAAAGUAAACGUGAUAAAAGUGACACAGUGCCUUCCAAGGACCGCGUGAACUAUGACGCUAACAAAAAAGUGAAUAAUGUGAAGUGUAAGAAAGAUAAGGAAGUGCAUAAGAGUAGUGAGAGUGAGGAACCUACCAAUGAUGAUAUUGAUACGCUCAUGAGGAAUCUCAGGGAGAUGGAGCAUUCUCAAGAGCCAACAAAGUUCAACAGUAAUUCUUAUGGAGGUGUGAUAACUAACGCGAAACACGAGAGGUCUUCCAGCCAGCCCGCGUUCCCGCGGGGCGCUGUCUUCGAGGCCCGAGACAGAGACAAGCUUACAGAACGCACUUCUUUGAACAAAAUGGAUGGAUGUAAUGGCAUCACAGGCUGAAAAGCGAAGCUGUAGAAAUCACAAGGAUGUUGUAACAGUUACAUGAAGAAUAGUAUGUAUAUCAACCGAACUAGCCGCUACUGGAUUACUGAAACUGUAAUAUUGACGCGUCUCUACAAGUUGAUAGCUCGUGUUGUACCCAACUUAUAUUCAAACUAGCCUAGGUAUGUCAUAUAAAUGAUACUUCUUAAACCCCAAAUAGACGACUAAAUAGCACUUAUUUUUAAAAUUACG